CUGCAGCCGAGCUGCUUAGUGCACUGUAGCUUGUCCCAUACUGGAGUUUAGUCUGUACCCGCACACGCCGGUCUGUCAGGGGUAGCGCUGCCCAUCGGAGACUGCAGCUUCUGCACAUAAUCACAAGGAUCUAACCAAGAGGAGCUUGCAUGGAGGAGUAAUUGUGGAGCUUGAUGAGAAGGCAAACAGAGAAAAGAAAGCCCGAACUAAACUAGGAGCAUCAUCCCUCGCUAGCCAUGAGCUGUCUGGAUGUUAUGUACCAAGUGUACGGUCCUCCUCAGCCUUACUUUGCAGCAGCAUACAGUCCCUAUCAUCAGAAACUUGCCUUUUACUCGAAGAUGCAGGAAGCCCCAGAGAGCAGCAGUACCAGCAGCAGCGCCACCAGCAGCGGCAGCUCCUUCUCCAGCCAUGUGCCCCCCAGCAUCAAGGAAGAGGAGUGCAGCCCAGAGAAGGAGAGGCCCCCAGAGGCAGAAUACAUCAGCUCCAGAUGUGUCCUCUUCACUUACUUCCAGGGGGACAUUAGCUCUGUGGUGGAUGAGCACUUCAGCAGGGCCCUCAGCCAACCCAGCAGUUACUCCCCCAGCAGUGCCAGUGCCAAGUCGUCUAGAAGUGCCAGUACAUGGAGGGAUUCAUCUUUCCCAAUGAGCCAAAGGAGCUUCCCACCUUCAUUUUGGAAUAGCAGUUACCAGCCUUCUGCAGUUUCUGCUCCUUCUUCCUUAAGUAGCAGUCUAGCUAGUCCUCUCAGUGGUCCACACACAGAGAUUCCAUUUGGGGCAGACCCUUAUUCCCCAGCAUCUCUUCACAGUCACCUUCACCAAGGUCCUCCAGAGCCCUGGCACCAUGCACAUCAUCAUCACCAUCAUCACCACCCUUAUGCAAUUGGGGGAGCUAUAAAUACUCAAGGCUCCAGUUACCCUCGGUCAGGUAUGCAUGAGGUCUACAGCACGCACUUUGAUCCCCGCUACAGCUCCCUCCUUGUGCCAGCUUCUGUUCGACCUCACAGGAUCACCCCAGCAGGAACAUCUGCAUCUACUGCACAGUGUGAUUUGGGAAAAGGAGAGCCAGCCACUUCUGCAUGGACAACACCUGGGCCAUUUACAGGGCCAGCAACAGACAUGGGACAGAGCAUUGGCCUUAAUGUAGAUGCAGCUCGUCGUUACUCCUUCUGUGGCGGGACUCUCCUGAGCUGAUCAAAGAUUCUGAGUCAAACCAUUUAUCCAACAUCUCAGCUUUAAUCAAGACCUAGAACAUAUCUGAACCAGCUCUAGGACUGCAAGGAAAGGAUGAAAAUAGGACUCACAAGACUUUUAAGAGCCAAAAAAAAUGUUUCUUCCUUCUUUGCUGAGACCAGUCAAAAGACUGAUGUUAUUUCUAUUUAAAUUGUUAUCUAAACGUUAUUGGUGCCACCCUAAAGAAGUAUAUAUAUAUAUAAAUAUAAAUAUAUAUUAAUAUAAAUUCACUGGCUUACUUUUGACAAAGGACUCUAUUUUAUGGUGUUGUGAAUAUUUUUUAUGCCUAUGUGAAUGUUACUUUCCGUGCAAGCUACCUGUUAAAUGAUCCAGUUCAGUAUAUAUAUAACUGUAAGUACAGUGAAUACUAUGCUGAUAAAACAGCACAUACACAGAGACACAGAGACACACAUAAAUGAAAGGUCAGUGGACUAUAUGUUGAUAUACAAUCCAGCCUAUGAUGUGCAUGGCAGGGAACCACCUGCCCCAAGCUUAUAGAAUUGCAGCUGUUAAACAGACAACUGUUCAAACUCCAGAAAUAUGACAAGCAAGGUGGCACUUCCCAGGGUUUAGCCCAACAAUUGCAUUUCUUUUUUACAAGGAGAAUUUUAUGAUGAAAGAAGAAACCCUUUAGAAAACUGACAGCCUUUACAUGGAACAACUGCAGAAGCAGAGUGAAAGAAGAUCUCCAGAGAGCUCAGCAUGGACAAUUGAUCUGAGGCAGCUUCUGCAUGUGUGCUGAUGUCCUUCUGUCACUUUGGGAAACAGAGCAAGAUGUGUUUAAUUGUAGAACUUAUGCAUUAAAAUAUAUUCUUGGUUUUGGCUGUCUUGUCUGGUAAGAAAACAUACCAUUUUUAGUUCUGGAAAAAAAAACUUCUUAUUCCAGAGAAGUGACCCCAUAUCAUAUAUUGUUUGGUAUAUUAUGCCUUUCAAAUAAACAGCUGUUUGGGACUAAUCUAAUGUGGUUAAUACGUAACAUAAGAUGCUUUUGUCUUGUUCAUUGUUUAGUAAAACUACCUGUGGGCCUGCCAUUUGCAAACUCAGAACAUUUGGCUAAUGGCGCCAUUCAUUUAUUUACCCCUGUAUUAUCAUAUUUGUCCUGCUAAAUUGUCUCUAUAGCCAUAAUGAAAUAGAUCAGGAAUUCUACUGUAAUUAAUUUCACAUCUGUCUAGCUUGCUGGGUGAUCACUGUUUAUUUCCAUGAAGGCUCCGGUCUAAAAGAACUGUAAUUUGACACAGGACUGAAAGUAAGUCCACUGAAGAAUUGAAUAUUUUAUUCACAUACCUUUAAUGAUGGGCAUUAAAGUGCAUUUUAUAAAUACAAUUGUUUCUGUAACUUGUGUAGCAGAAUCCCAAUCAGUGAGGGUGUUGAUAUUUUGAUAUUUUUUUUUUGACCAAUGAGAAAAUAUACACAUGCACUGUCAUGAUGUUAUGACUAAAAGCCAGGCAUAAUGCCAAAGCAUGCAAUAAAGCAUUAUUUAAGAA